AAACGUGGCAACCCUGUUGCGUUUAUUCUGUUGCUCUGCUUUUUGUUGUUUACGCUGACCGGCUAAAUUGUUUAUACGCAAUUGUUUAUCCGAUUCCCUAUCCCAUCGGAAUCAUGGCAAGCAACGAGCCCGGCGGUGGAAACCUGAUGGACGAGUUCGAGGAAGCCUUCCAGUCCUGCCUGCUCUCGCUGACCAAAGAGGAGCCGAAUUCCGGGACGAGCAAGGAGGAAAUCGAACUGGAGGUGCAAAAGACCACCAAUCGCUUCAUAGACGUGGCCCGUCAGAUGGAGGCGUUCUUCCUGCAGAAGCGCUUCCUCGUCUCCACGCUGAAGCCCUACAUGCUGAUUAAGGACGAGAACCAGGAUCUGAGCAUCGAGAUCCAGCGCAAGGAGGCGCUGCUGCAGAAGCACUACAACCGGCUGGAGGAGUGGAAGGCGUGCCUCUCGGACAUCCAACAGGGUGUCCACAGUCGUCCCACACCUCCAAUUGGAGCUGGGAUGCUUCAAGGUCCCGGAGGCGGAAUGGCACCCAUGGGCGGAGGUCCCCCGCGACCAGGAAUGAUGCCCGGAAUGCCACCGGGAGCAAUGCAACCCGGGGGACCCAUGCAACCCAGUCCGCAGCACAUGCUGCAGGCCCAGCAGAUGCAGCAGCUCCGGAUGAUGGGCAAACUGCCUCCAAAAUAAUCAGACAGUGAUUCCUUUUAGCAUGUAAUUUUGUAUAGACCCGGCUUAGUCUACCUGUAUCUCGUAUAGUCAAAUAAACUGAUUAUAUAUAUGAAAAUUA